AUGAUCGGUAUUAUGAAUGCACGCGCCACCGGCCCGGCCGGGCGCGGACCACAGGUGGGCGGGCUGACAGUGAGGACUCAAAGCCACUCUGGAAUAUUUCCUACCUCUACAGAAAGCGUUGCUGAGGAGAAGCCGAAGAAGCCCCUCCCUGCUGACCUGUACUAUGAAUAUGAGGAGCUUCACUCCAGACCGUCCGUCACAGCUGACUCCCACAUCCCAGAGAACCUGCUGCACCUCUCGUAUCCCUGCUUAACGGCUGGAUCCAGUCAUUCCUUUGGCUACGACAGUGGCCGCAGGGCCAACCUGAAGCUGCUGGACGACACAACCCUGAUGUUCAUAGCUGGGAACCUGCUCGUGCUGCUGGACGUUUCCACCAGGGAGCAGCGGUAUCUGCGCUCCUGCGGGGGGGGAGGAAUCGGAUCCAUCACGACACACCCGACCAAGAAGUACUUUGUUGUGGCAGAGAAGGGGAAGAACGCCAGCAUCAUAGUCUACGAGUACCCCUCUCUGAGACCCUACCGCGUCCUCAGAGGGGGCACAGAGUGGGGCUACGUCUCCGUGGACUUCAGCCGGGACGGGGACCUGCUGGCCAGCGUGGACAGUGCUCCCGACUACAUGCUGAGUCUGUGGGACUGGAGGCAGGAGGAGCUGAUGCAGAGCUGCAAGGCCGUCCCCCAGGAGGUCUUCCGGGUCAGCUUCUCCCCGUUUAACCCGGGACUCAUCACUUCAUCGGGAUUCGGACACAUCAGGUUCUGGAAAAUGGGCACCACGUUCACAGGCCUCAAACUCCAAGGGGUCAUGGGUUAUUUUGGAAACACUGUUGCAAGUGAUAUUGAUGGCUACGUGGAACUUCCUGAUGGAAAGGUCAUUUCAGGCACAGAAUGGGGAAAUUUACUGCUUUGGGAUGGAAAUAGCGUCAAGGUUGAGAUCACUCGUAAGGAAGGCCAGAAGUGCCACACCGGGACCGUACAGCCAUUUACCCUCGAAGACGGACAGCUGAUGACCUUUGGCUCUGAUGGAGUUAUCCGGGGCUGGGACUUUGAGAGGAUCAACACAGCCAGCACCGAAAGCAGCCGCUUUGAGCUGGAGCCCUUCAAUGAGAUGGUGGUGGGACACAAUGUUUGCCUCUCCUUUGUUACCAGGAGCUCCACGCCCGACUCCUUCAUCUGGUUUGCUCAGGAUUCUAACGGAGCCAUCUGGAAACUGGAUCUCUCAUUUACCAACACGGCCUCUGAUCCAGAGUGCCUGUUUUCCUUCCACGCCGGGGCGAUCCAGGGAAUGGAUGUGUCGAAGAAAUCUCACCUGAUGGCCACGACGGCGAUGGGCCACUCGGUCAAAGUGUUUGACUUCUUGGCAAAAAAGGAGCUAACAAGUAGCCGAUUCAGCCAAGGUGGGACUGUUCUCCGCUGGGCCCCGCCUCUGGUGGACCAGAGCGGCCUACUGCUGACGGGCUUUGAGGACGGGGUGGUCCGCCUGCUGGAGCUCUACAACCCCCAGAAGCUGCAUGUUGACACAGGGCGCAGCGUUGAAGCAGACGCCAAGCUGUGCCUCAAACAGGCCUUCAAACCUCACAACGCCCACGUGACUGCUUUGGAAUUCGACCGAAAUGGAGAAAUCCUCGCCACUGGGAGCGCAGACAGCACAGUGUUUUUCUUCACGGCUGGGGAAAAGUACGACCCCAUCGGUUUCAUCCAUGUUCCUGGGCCAGUACAAGCGCUGGAGUGGUCACCCAAUUCCCAUACUGAAAACAGGCUGCUGGUCCUGUGUCGGACCGGACAUGUAAUGGAGGUGGCAUGUCCUGAUCCGGAGGCUCAGAAACAGGCCAAAACCUUCCAGCUACCGGAACUGCCCAGCAGAACCUUCCGCUUCAGGAGCAUCAAAUCUCGGAUCAGGAGAGAUGAGGAAAUUGCGAGACGUCAGGCUAUCAAGGACAAAAAAAAAGAAGAACGGAAGAAGAAGGAGGAGGAGGAGCAGGAGGAGGAGGAGGAGGAGGAGGAAGAAGAAUUGCCACCUAUCUACAUCCCAGAUCCUCCGAGUCCUCUGUGCUGUGGCUUCUACUCCCAGCCGGGCCAGUUCUGGCUCUCCAUGGGAGGGUUCGACUCGGGUUUCUUGUACCACUGUAAGUUCUCUGAGGAUCAGGAUAAGGAUCCCAAGCAGCGGCAAGAUGAACCUUUUGACUUCCUGUGUAUAACUGAUGCAGAUGAGGACCCUAUUUACACCAUGACUUUCAGCUCCGACCGGCAGCUGCUGCUCUGUGGCAUGCACUCGGGGGCCAUCAGAGUGUACACCCUGCAGCCCGGGGACCAGAGCCUGGCCUCCAUGCAGGCCUUCUGGGCCCUCAGCGUCCACGACAACCACUACGGACACCUGCGACACGUCCGCUGCAGCUACGACGACCUCUUUGUGCUGACCGCAGGGGACGAUGGGAACAUCUUCUCCUUCUGCCUGCUUCCUCCAGAGGAGUUACAGAAAAGCCUGCAGAGAAAGAGGGCCAAGAUUCCCUCUCCUAGGGUUGGCCUACAGAGUGAUGCUUUGGCUCUGGACAUUGAGGACCCAUCAGCCUACAGCUUGGAGACGGCAAAGCAGAAGCUGGAAAAUGACCAGCUGCGUCGGGAGGCGGAGCUCAAAGUAGCAGAGACCCAGAAGCAGCUCGCCGAGCUCCAGAAAAAGUUUAAACAAGUGCUGAACAACAACCAAAGUCUCCCUGAGCAUGUCCGGCUCAAGCCUGAGGAGCUGCAGCUGGACCGUCGUUUCUAUGAACACACAGAGAGGCUGAAGGCCCAGAAGGUGAUGGAGGUCAGACGACAGAUGGCCUGGGAGCAGGAGCGCUGCAACAUCGCGCUCAGAAAACUUCAGGAACGGUUCAAGGACUCAAUGGAGACCGACCUCGUCACUGUGGUGGCCAUCCACACCAACCACAGAGUGUCCAUGUACCGCCUGCUGACGGCUGCCAAACCUCUGGCCGGGCCCCAGAGCACCGCCAGCCAACCGGACCGAGACACAGAGGCUGCCAUCGAGCGCAGGAAGUCCAGAGCCGAGGCUGGAAAAGACAUCCACCAAAUCGAGGAGGACGAGGUUCUGUGUCCUCCGGUGCCUCAACCAGCAAAGGUCAAGUUAGGAGAUAGGCAGGAGGAGAGGCUCAAAAAGGCCUCGGAGAAAGCCGAGCAAGCUCGAGCCAAAAUAGAGAAAAGGAAGCAGGAAUGGGCCCAAAUUUAUGCAGAGAAGCCAGAUGAGGACUAUGAGGAUCCGGAGGAUGUUCGGGCCAUCCAAGAGGCCAAAGACAACGUGGGAGACGUCAUCCGAGCGAAAAACAUCAGAGUGAACGCUGAGGGGAAGAGACAGGAGCUGAUUGCCCUGGAAGAGAAACUAAUUUAUUGCUACCACUCUCACGAGGUGCGGGAAAGGCAGACUGAGAUGAACCGACGGAUUGUGGAGCUGCGCGACGCAAAGCUGUGCCUGGUGUCCUGGCUGGGAGCUCAGGCCGAGCGGCUGAGCAGGGUCCAGCAGCACCUACCCCCCCAUCUCCACCGGCCACUGCCCUCCCUGCCCGUUAUUUCACUGGUAGAAACCCCAGAGAAGAGACUGCAGUGCAGCGCUGCCACUCUGGAGAAAUACCGAUUGCUGAGAGAGAAGAGGUUGGGAAAGAAAGUGGGGCAGGGGGAGCGGGAAGGAGGCCUGAGCUUAUUAGAGCAGCUGGAGAAGGAGGAGAUGAAAGAGAGUGAGAGAAGAGAUGAAGAGAAGCCUGGUCCUCUUACAUUUGCAAACAUAGAAGAAGAAAAAGAAGAAGAAGAAUCAGAAGAGGGGACGGCGGUGAAAGAAGGAGCAGAGCUGAGUGAUCUGGUGGAGGAGCUGCAGAGGGAGGCAGAGAUCAGCUUCCUGCAUGAGCAGAGCUGCCUGCUGGAGCAGAUGGAGGACGCCACGCGGCGGUUCGACGCGGAGCUCCUGAAGCUGCGCCGGCAGAGGGUCAGUCUGGACUGCCAGCUGAAGCUGGCCGACCUGCGGCUGCUGACCCUCUCCCAGGAGAUGCUGCUGCUCAAGCAGUUCGAGAAGAAGGAGGGCGUCCUGCAGGAGAAGCUCAACGAAUGCGUUCAGGAGGAGAAGAGCAUCAUGUCAAAACUGGAGGAGUGUAAUGAGGAGCUGGAGGUGAGGAAAAGAGACAUAGCUAAGCUGCAGGAGAGAGACAAGGCCUUGACGGCCGCCUUCCAGGCCUCGCUGGGGGAAAACCAUCCCUUUGAGGAAUAUCUCACCAAAGUCUUCAAGAAGAAGGUCGUACGAGUGAAGAAAAAGGAGCAGGGAGGAGGUGACGAGGAAGCGAAGGACAGUGAUGAGGACUCUGAGGAGGACAGUGAUUGGGACGAUGACUUUGACAGCGAGACGGAGGCAGAGGGAGCAGCUCUGGAUGACAGCAUCUGCCCCCCCGGCUGUGCCCGGGCGCUGUUUGAGAACAGCCUGCAGCUGCGGGAGCGCCGGCUGGACCUGGAGGAGCUGCUGGUGGAGGAGAGGAGGAGCAGCGACGCCCUGAAGAAGGAGAGCGAGACCCUCAUGAAGAAGUGGAAGGUGGUGAAGAGCAGUCGUCAAGUGGUGGAAAAUCAGUUGGAGUUACUCGACAAGGAGAAACUGAAGAAAAUAAACGAACUGAACAUUGUUGUUCCUUUCCGACUGCACCAGAUUAAGUAUGUGACUGAGGGCUGCGUGCCGGCGGACCUGAGCGAGGCGCUGGUCCAGGACCGGUCAGAGAUGCACCGGCUGCAGCGCCGCAUCCUCCAGCUGGACGGAGAGAAGCUGUUUCAGAAGGACCGCUGCCGUCAGACCAGCCUGCAGCACGUCCGGCUCCGCCACGAGCUCAAGGACCUGGCUGCCCGCAUCCAAGUGCUGGAGGCCCAGUGCAACGAGCUGAUGAUGAUAAAGUUCGGGCGGCUGGUGGAUCUGGAGGCCCUGCAGAUGGUGUCUGGGAACAGGCGGCUGGAGGAGCUGAAGUGGGAGAAGCUCCUCAAAGAGGCCGCGCACGCCAAGGAGAUCAAACACUGGGAUGUGUGUGUUCCUCAGAGCUCAGCAUCAGGAGCAGAGCGGACGCCUGACGCCGGUCUGACGGCUCCACCUCUGGCUGUGUGUGUUUUUGAAAUCCAGGCAAAGGUGGAGGAGGCUAACGGGGCUCUGAUGGAGGUGACCAGGUGCAACACGGAGCACCUCCGCAUGACCACCCGCCUCCUGGAGCAGAAGAAGGAGCUGGAGUUUAAGCUCAGUGCCAGGCAGAGCAAAAUGGGCAGGCAACAGUUCCAGGACCACAAGAGACAUGUGGACCAGGAGGCCAUUCUAAAGCUGCAAGAGCUGGUGAAGAGACAGUCCCGGCAGAUUGAAACCCUCAAUAAAGAGAUCCAACUCCUGUCCUCCAAAGGAGGCCACAUUCUGCCCCCGGACCACACCAGACUGCCCCCCAUUUCCCCCCUGCCAAGCCCAAUGGGCGAUAUGCACACUGGAAAGCAAAGACCGUUCCAGGGCCCAAAGCUUACCUCUUAGACGACUGAUUCUGGUCCGAGGCAAAAACAGGAUGAUGGUCAGACCCACUGCUGGAUCCAUGUUAUCUCAGCAGGGCCUUCCUCCCAGUUCUGCGUGGACUGAUUGUGGAAAAUGCAUCAACAGUUGCUCUGCCAGGUGUUAGUGUUCUGUACCUUAGAUGGAACAAGGUGUAUACAUAGACUAAAUGAGAAAUGAUGAUUAUUAUUAUCUCCCUAAA